AUGGAUGCUCAUAGCAUGGACGAUCAAGACCAGAUUCGCGACACACGGCGCAAGCGGGAGGUCAAGAUCGAGGAGCUUCGCCUCGAAAAAUUUAUGCGAAAGAUUCUUGUGCAGCGACUAUCCGUGAUAGAGGAUGCCGUUGAAGCAACAUGCGACCAUAAUUCAACACUCGCUGAAAUUAUGGGCACAGUGGAAACUACACUUAAAGCCUACGGUCAGGAUUUUAAGGGCAUACCUCCCUGUCCAACCUUCGGAGUCACGAGCCUCGAAGCAUGGCUGAGGGUUUUCAUGGCUGAGGUCUUCGCCAAAAAGGACAACAUCCAAGACGAGCUACGGGACAUCACGCAACAAUUAACACGACUGAAAAAAGAAAGGGAUGAAGAAGAGUCAAAGUAA